AAUAAAGAAAUGUAAUUUUUUCAGCUAAAUAAAGAGUAAAUUUAUUUAGCGGAAUGUGAAUACUCUAAAUGGUAGGAAUUGUAACGACCAAAUAAAGAGCCACAUUUGUGCUAUUAAGGCUAUUGUUUUAAAAAGGGUUUUCUAAAAUUUCUCAUCAAGCCUAUGUUAUACAGCGCUCACACACGCCACAUGAUAUUCCUAAAAUCGUUUAUAAAGUCCAAUCUUACCUAAUAAAAAGUUAAUCAUCCACCCAAUCAAUGCAAACAAUUCAACCUUCUCAAUUAAUGAGAACUCAUUGUUCUUAAAUGUGCUAGUGUCAGCAGAUGAAAAUGGUUGGAUGGGGCAUCCAAUGUACCAUUAAUGGGAGUAUUUAAAAACCAUCACAACCCUAUCUUCUAGCAACAAAUGGCCGGAUGACUCUGAAUAUAAUAUGCCAGAGAGGGGCUGAAUUACGAUUGAAGUAAAAUGCAGAAUUCCCAUUCAAGUUUGCCCCAAAAAGGAAACAAAAACAAUUCAAGAGAGAUUUAAAAUACACAAAGCACUUUCCUAGCAGCAAGCACUUGCAGAAAUGGUACCCCCAUUGAAGAAAGGGCACCCAAACAUACAUAAUGACAGGAAAGAGAAAGUUCCUGUUAAGCUUAUUCUCGAGCAAUUCAUUAAAAUGACGGGUUUUAUAAUAAAAACUCUUUCAUAUUGGCUGUCUAAAUUAUUUAGAGACAAUUAGCCCGCGGCAGGAAACAGAAUAUAUACCAAGGAGAGAAGAGAGUAGGGACUCUGCAUUGACCAGGUCCAUACCCAACCCGAAAAGGUAACCCAACAAAAUUCAGGGUAAAUCAUCCCAUCCACUAAUCAGGACCUCUCAUCUAUAAUUAGGCCAAAUAAUCCCAUCUACUAAUCACAGCCUCCCAUACCCUUUUUAUCUCUCUUAAACCCACCCAAUUCCAAACCUCAACUACCUUAACCAACCGCCUUAGCCCCCAUUCUCUCAUACCCCUAUUUUUUUUUUUUUUUUUUGGAGUCCAAACAGAAAAUAUAAACAAAAAACAGAAAGGCUGAGAGCUUCUGAAAGCCUUCGCUUUAAGCAAUCAAAAUUGAAAAAAAGGGAAAAGAAAAAUCCAAACCCAUUUUCUUUCUCUCAAUUUUGUUUCAUUUGGUGUCAGUUUCUUUCUUUGUUUCGGUAUUGGGAGUCCCGAAUUCUGAUCUCUACCCUCAAAUGUGGCGGCCGCGGGGCACCAAAUCAACGGUCCGGAUUUACGACAAGUCAUCAUCUCCGACCUCGCUCUUCCAUUGCUCUUCUUUCAAGGACGUCCCGGAGCUUUGUAACGAAGAGGACAAGCCGACUCAACCCACCGUCUCAACCCCCAAGAAGCCCUCAGUUUUCCACCGAGUCCGGCUCGCCAACUCGCUCAUCCGCGCCUGGUCAACUCGGCCUACCGAACCUCUCGCACCCAAACCCAAACCCGAACCCGAGCCAGAGCCAGAGCCAGAGCCAGAGCCAGAGCCCGAGCCCGAGCCCGAGCCCAGUCCCAAUGUCUCAAUCUCGGACCAACCGGACACGCAAUCUGAGCCGCCGAAUCCACUCCCGGGAACCGAGAAGCGCGUGGUGGUGUACUUCACGAGCCUGCGCGUGGUGAGGCCGACGUUCGAGGACUGCAGGGCCGUCCGAUCUAUUCUGCGCGGGUUUCGCGUCUCCAUCGACGAGCGAGAUCUUUCGAUGGACUCGGGGUUUCUAACCGAGCUGCAGCAGAUCCUGGGUCAGAGCCAGGGCAAGGUGACCUUGCCGAGGGUUUUCAUUGGCGGGAGGUACGUGGGCGGUGCCGAGGAGAUCAAACAGCUCCACGAGAUCGGUGAGCUCAAGAAGCUCGUCGAAGGGCUGCCCCCAGCGGAACCCGGCGUGUGUGACGGGUGCGGCGGAUAUAGGUUUAUCCUCUGCGACGAGUGCCACGGUAGUCACAAGUUGUUCGUGGAAAAGAGCGGGUUCAAGAGCUGUACGGCGUGCAAUGAGAACGGUCUGAUCAGGUGCCCUUCCUGUUCUUCUGCGCCUCUCUGAUCCCUCUGAUUAGACUAAGAAAAAUUAACCAAAAGAAAAAAAAAAAUCUUUUUUUAUUUUUUUUUCCUUACUUUGGAUAAUUCAGUUUUGUAGUUUUAUUUUGUUAAAGCUUAAGCUGUGUGGGAUAUCAUAUGGAUAUAGGAAGUGCCACACAAGCACCCAGUAAUUUGGUUGCUUAAGAAAUAUAAUAUAUGAGCUAACUUGGUUA